AUGGCAAUACCAGGAGCUGAGGUUAUUCCCGCGAGAUCCUUAUGUUGUAUGAAAUCCGAUUUAUCAGGUUUUACAAAGUCUCGUCGAACACAAAGAUUCUUUGAAAUCAGAGCGACUUCAGGCUACACCGAAAUCAGAGCAUAUGAAGUUUCAUGGCACAUAAUCCCUGGCCCAAGUUUCGGAGAAUUUGAUUAUGCAAGAAUAUUCACGGCGAGAAUAGACUCGGCCAUCCUGAUUUUGGGACACAAAAACCCGUAUUCUAUUCACGCGAUGCCUCUUGAAGAUGUACAAGUACUUGGUAGCAUUGGGAAUAUGCACGUUGUUGAUGGCACCCGGUAA